GAAAGAGGCUGUGAGGGAGGCCAACUUUUUACCUAAACUCAUUCUACCUGUGAAUGACGUCCUGAGCAACGCACCAGCAGAGCUUCUAUCGGAUUACAAAAGUCAGAUUUCUCUCUCAGCUCAAGAUUUACCAUGAAGCUCAUCCUGUUGAUUGUGUCGGUGCUGCUCCUGGUGGUGGGAGAGGGUACCGCGGAAAGAAUCCUGUCCAGGAGAACCAAGAGGGAGCUUGCUAGUCCCCUCCAUGUUGGUGGCAUCAGGGACCCGUUUGGCUCGUACUGCCAGAGGAGAGGAGGCUGCUGCCCGGGCAGAGACGACCUAUGCACGGUGCCCUACCUGGACACCAUCUGCUACUGUGAUCUGUUCUGCAACCGCACAGUGUCUGACUGCUGCCCGGACUUCUGGAGUCACUGUUUAGGCGUGGAGCCGCCUUUCAUCGGCAUCUGCGAAAGAAAUGGGAACAGGUUCUUCACAGGGCAAACAUACAAAGAGAACUGCAAUUUAUGUACCUGUGGGACUUCGGGACGAUGGGAAUGUGAGCAGAACGCCUGUCUGAUAGAGACUGACAUGAUCCAUGUCAUCAACAGAGGAAACUAUGGGUGGAAGGCAGCUAACUACAGUCAGUUCUACGGCAUGACUUUGGACGAGGGCAUCCGGUACCGCCUGGGCACACAGAGACCCUCCAGGACUAUUAUGAACAUGAAUGAGAUCCAGAUGAACAUGGAUCCUCAGAAUGGCCAUCUGCCACUCUACUUCAACUCAGCAGAGAAGUGGCCAGGGAAGAUCCAUGAACCACUGGACCAGGGCAACUGUGCUGCCUCCUGGGCUUUCUCAACUGCAGCUGUGGCCUCAGACAGAAUCUCUAUCCAGUCCAUGGGUCACAUGACUCCUCAGCUGUCACCGCAAAAUCUUAUUUCCUGUGACACACGGAACCAGGGAGGUUGUGCUGGUGGACGCAUCGAUGGAGCCUGGUGGUACCUUAGGCGUAGAGGAGUGGUGACAGAAGACUGUUACCCAUACCGACCCCCACAGCAAACACCGGCGGAGGUGGGCCGCUGUAUGAUGCAAAGCCGCUCGAUUGGCCGGGGGAAGAGGCAGGCUACGCAGCGCUGCCCCAACACACACAACUACCAGAACGACAUCUACCAGUCCACACCUCCAUACAGGCUCUCAUCCAAUGAAAAAGAGAUUAUGAAGGAGAUUAUGGAUAAUGGCCCUGUGCAAGCUAUUAUGGAAGUCCAUGAGGACUUCUUUGUGUAUAAGAAUGGGAUCUACAAACACGGUGAUGUCAGCUUCACUAAAUCUCCACAAUACCGCAAACAUGGCACACACUCAGUCAGGAUCACUGGGUGGGGAGAGGAGAGAAACUUUGAUGGGACACCAAGAAAAUACUGGAUUGCUGCCAACUCCUGGGGAAAGAACUGGGGAGAGAACGGCUACUUCCGCAUCGCUCGUGGGGACAAUGAGUGUGAGAUUGAAGCAUUUGUGAUUGGAGUGUGGGGCAGGAUCACGAUGGAGGACAUGCACAACCAUCACCACCACCAUCGUCGCCGACACAUUUAGAAACACAAUAGACCUUCAUAACCCCAUCAAGACCUUUAUUUUUAACCCACCCAUAGUCAGGUGGUACCUCAGAGGAGAACCACAUCAAGAGUCUGAGAGCUUCACCGCUUUCCCCUUGUCCACCAAGCUGGCUGGGACAGCCACAUAAUCAACUUCUGAACCCCUGAACCUUCUCAUUUUACCUUCUUACUGUACUCUGGGGGUCAAUACAGCCCCUCUUCUCCUGCACCUUUACCCUUUAAAGAGACCUUUCCCAUUUCUCCUGUAACUCAAGGUUUAUGGCACCAAAAACAAAGAAAAACUAAGCUAAAGUUCUUUUAUGUUGCCUUGCAAUUAAGCACCUCAGGUACCAACUGUUCCAAAGACCACACUUCCCAGCGUAAUAUCUGGUGAAACAUGUUCAUGUCAAGUUGACAGAAGGAGAAGCUCAAUCUGAUCUUUUUAUGCUUUCAUGUGUCAACCUGAAGCUUUAGUCUUCUCUAACUUUAAAUCUAUUAUCCAGACGGACCCAAUUUCAGGGACAGCUUGGAAAAGAGGAAAUCUGAGAGCCAGAUUAUAAGACAUCAGACCCUUUCAGAGAGGCACACCCAGCUUAACUGUGUAACAUGAUAUUAUAUCAUAGAUGACCUUACUGACACUUACCUGUCAGCUAUACACAGGCACAGUUAGGCUCAUUCCCUCAGUUUUAGAGAGGACACACUUGUGUAGAGUUAGUAGCUGCAGGCAGUAGAGUUUCUCACACAUUCCAGUAAAAACCUAGAAUCUGACACUGGAGACAUGAGGUGAUUUAGAAUUUACAACACCACUGGCCGUGACCAGCAAUCAGAAAGAAUCAAAUACCCUUCAAAUUUUUUUAAGCAGUGUGACGUGAACAAUGAAACAGACUAAAUCUUGGCCCUUGUAAUAACACGUGUAUACUGGGAAUGACAGUAUCAAUAGAUAAACAUGUAUUAUCUGUUCUUGGCUGCAGGUGAAAUAAAUUAUUUUCAGCCAAGCUAGAUGGAAAAAAAAGUAACAAUGAAGAAUGACAAAGAUAUAAGUAAAAUCCAUACUGCCAUUCCUUACGAUGACAUCUCAUUUAAGAAA